CAUCUUUUCACUCAAAGUCUCAGUCUUUCAUCACAAAUAUUCCUACUUGAUCACAAAAGAGUUUCAACCUUCAAACCUCCAUGGACACCAAGAUUGGCUCCAUCGACGUUUGCAAAGCCGAGAGCCACGACGUUGGUUGUUUACCAAACGGCGCCACCUCCACCGUCCAAAACUCCGUCCCCUCCACCACCCUCAGCUCCGCCGAUGCCACCCUCGGCCGCCAUCUGGCACGCCGCCUCGUCCAAAUCGGCGUCACCGACGUCUUCACCGUCCCCGGCGACUUCAACUUGACCCUUCUCGACCACCUCGUCGCCGAGCCCGGCCUCACCAACAUUGGCUGCUGCAAUGAGCUCAACGCCGGGUACGCCGCCGACGGCUACGCGCGGUCGCGUGGCGUCGGCGCGUGCGUGGUGACUUUCACUGUGGGUGGACUGAGUGUGCUGAACGCGAUCGCCGGUGCGUGUAGUGAGAAUUUGCCGGUGAUUUGUAUUGUUGGUGGGCCCAACUCUAAUGAUUAUGGGACUAACCGGAUUCUUCACCAUACUAUUGGGUUGCCGGACUUCAGUCAAGAGCUCCGUUGCUUCCAGACCGUGACUUGCUUUCAGGCUGUGGUGAAUAAUCUGGAGGAUGCGCAUGAGUUGAUUGAUACCGCAAUUUCGACUGCGUUGAAAGAAAGCAAGCCUGUGUAUAUCAGCAUUGGCUGCAACUUGGCUGGGAUUCCUCAUCCUACUUUCAGCCGUGAACCUGUUCCAUUUUCAUUGUCUCCAAAAUUGAGCAAUAAGUGGGGACUAGAGGCUGCAGUGGAGGCUGCUGCAGAGUUCUUGAACAAGGCAGUGAAGCCGGUUAUGGUGGGCGGGCCCAAACUGCGCUCUGCACAUGCCGGUGAUGCCUUUGUUGAACUGGCUGAUGCUUCUGGAUUUGCUCUGGCUGUGAUGCCAUCAGCAAAGGGGCAAGUGCCAGAGCACCAUCCCCGUUUUAUCGGAACAUACUGGGGCGCUGUGAGCACUGCCUUUUGUGCUGAGAUUGUGGAGUCUGCAGAUGCAUACUUGUUUGCUGGGCCGAUUUUCAAUGAUUACAGCUCUGUUGGAUACUCACUCCUUCUCAAGAAAGAGAAGGCAAUCAUUGUGCAGCCUGAUCGUGUGACAAUAGGAAAUGGCCCUACAUUUGGUUGUGUUCUUAUGAAGGAUUUCCUCGUAGGCCUAGCAAAGAAGCUGAAGCAUAAUAACACUGCUUAUGAGAACUACCGCAGGAUCUUUGUGCCUGAUGGCCACCCUCUGAAGGCCGCACCCAAAGAACCUUUGAGGGUUAAUGUUCUGUUCAAACACAUUCAGAAGAUGCUGUCAGCUGAAACCGCUGUGAUUGCCGAGACAGGGGACUCAUGGUUUAACUGUCAGAAGCUGAAAUUGCCACCCGGCUGCGGGUAUGAGUUCCAAAUGCAAUAUGGAUCAAUUGGUUGGUCAGUUGGAGCAACUCUUGGGUAUGCUCAGGCUGUACCUGAGAAGCGAGUGAUUGCUUUCAUUGGUGAUGGGAGCUUCCAGGUGACUGCUCAAGAUGUGUCCACAAUGAUUCGAAAUGGACAGAGGACCAUCAUUUUCCUGAUAAACAAUGGUGGAUACACCAUUGAAGUGGAAAUCCAUGAUGGACCAUACAAUGUGAUCAAGAACUGGAACUACACUGGACUGGUUGAUGCAAUCCACAAUGGGGAAGGCAAGUGCUGGACAACCAAGGUGCGUUGCGAAGAGGAGCUGAUUGAAGCAAUAGAGACUGCAAAUGGACCCAAGAAGGAUAGCUUCUGCUUCAUUGAGGUGAUUGUUCACAAGGAUGAUACCAGCAAAGAGUUGCUUGAGUGGGGGUCUAGGGUUUCGGCUGCCAACAGCCGCCCACCUAAUCCUCAGUAAAAACUCUCCUGUGUCAUGAAGGCCUUCAUUCGCAUUCACAGAUUUAGAUCAAGCCAAGCUCUUGAGAAUGGUGUCUGUCAAGUUUUUUUUACUCCAGUGAUUUCUGGUUUGUCUGUAUAUUUCCUUCUGAAUAUUAGUAUCUUCGGAUUUUUCAACUGAUCAAGUUCUGUGAUCCUAAAUGGUCUGUGGAAAACAAGGCGUACUUUGACACGUUUAGGAUGACAGAUCCAUGUGUGACACAACGUUGUUUAAGACCAACAUUUGGCCUCCCCCGACCACCGUGAUGUGCUGCUACUUUGUCCACAUAUGCCAGUGCUCCUUGACCUAAACUAUUAAUCUAAAUCAACUAGUGAAGCUGUCUUUAUUCUUUGAUUGUCAUUUUCAACUUAAGCAUAGAUGGAUUGGUCUCAAAACUCGAUCGUG